AUGAACUGUGUGUCGUUCAAUAUCCCCUCGAACACUAGUGGUCAAAAUCGCUCGUUUCCUGUCCCUCCUCCUGUGUGCGGCGCCGCCGCUGCGCACAGGCCACAUCUCCUCGCCCUCCUCCACAUCUCCGGCCAAAGCGCUCACUUCUCCGGCCCUCCUCCACAUCUCCUCGCCUCCACCCCAUCCACUUCCUGUCCAAGACUGUGGCAACGGAGCUCGGCGGUUGCGGCCCUUCUCCAAGACUGCAGCGUGGUGCUCGGCGGCUGCGGCAACGGAGCUGAUGGAGCGCGAGCCGACCAGUUCAACGGAGGCGGUAGCACGGGGCAGCGGCAGCAGCAUGGAGGGCGUCCGCUUGACUGGAAAGAGAAAGUAUUUGUUGAUAGUGAGAGUGAGGAUAAUGAUGGGGUGAGUGAGGAUGGGGAAGAUGCUCCAUCCAUGCAUGAUCAGCAAGAGGCGCAAAUGCAAGUGGAAAAAGAGACACAAAUUCAAGUGGAAAAGGACGCACCACCAACAGAUGGCAAUUUGGAGACCCGUAGAUCUGUACGGCUUGUGAAGAAGAAGACCAAGGGCGUCAACAGCCUAUACCCGCUGCUUAGAAAUCUGCUGGCAAGUAUCUUCUUUCUAGUGUUUUAUGAUUCAUGAUAAUUGCUUAGAAAAUUUUAGUUACUUGGAGCUGCUAGUUUCUUAGAUGUAUAAACUUUCUAUCCAUGCCUAGCCUUCGUUGUCAUGUUAAGCAAUGUAUUUAUGUUGUCCUGAAAUGUUACCACUUGACUAUUGUUGCACUAGACACCUCCCUGUUAGUCCAUUUUAUUUCAUUAUGCACAAAGUGGAAGAAGAAAAUUCUGAUGUUGAACUACAUCUAUCCUGAUCCUUUCUUUGUUUUCUCUAUAUGAACUAGAAAUGCCACAUGAAGAACUAAGGAUAUCAAGAAGCUUUUGGAUGUAUGCAAGCUUG